CAACCUCGGGCUUCGCGCAGGCGCGCCGAAGCCUGCCGGUGAACUCCGGGGCACCGCGCGCACAAAUUCCAUUUGACGGCUCUCCCGGCCUGUACUUCGUGCGCCCCCCCCAACAGCCAUGUCGUCAGUCAACCGAGUGGCGCUGGUGACCGGGUCCAACAAGGGCAUCGGCUUCGCUAUCGUGCGUGACCUGUGCCGGCAGUUCUCAGGGGACGUGGUGCUCACGGCGCGGGACGAGGCGCGGGGUCGCGCGGCCGUGCAGCAGCUCCAGGCCGAGGGCCUGAGUCCCCGCUUCCACCUGCUGGACAUCGACGACCUGCAGAGCAUCCGCGCCCUGCGCGACUUCCUGCGCAAGGAGUACGGGGGCCUGGACGUGCUGGUCAACAACGCGGGCAUCGCAUUCAAGACUAAUGAUCCCACACCGUUUCAUAUUCAAGCAGAAGUGACCAUGAAAACAAACUUCUUUGGUACCCGAGAUGUGUGCACAGAACUCCUGCCUCUGAUGAAAUCCCAAGGCAGGGUGGUGAACGUGUCCAGCAUGGUGAGUCUGCGGGCCCUGAAAAAUUGCAGCCCAGAGCUGCAGCAGAAGUUCAGAAGUGAGAUCAUCACAGAGGAGGAGCUGGUGGGGCUCAUGAACAAGUUCGUGGAAGACACGAAGAAAGGCGUGCACAGGAAGGAGGGCUGGCCCGAUACUGCCUAUGGAGUGACAAAAAUCGGCGUCACGGUCCUCUCCAGAAUCCAUGCCAGGAAACUGAGUGAGCAGAGGAAAGGGGACAAGAUCCUCCUGAACGCCUGCUGCCCUGGGUGGGUGAGAACAGACAUGGCAGGACCUAAAGCCACUAAAAGCCCAGAAGAAGGAGCAGAGACCCCUGUCUACUUGGCCCUUCUGCCCUCAGAUGCUGAGGGGCCUCAUGGGGCAUUUGUUAUGGAGAAGAAAGUUGAACAAUGGUGAGCUGAAUUCACAGCUCUGUCCAUGGAGCCCCUUAGAAUCCCCCUCCUUUGACCAAAAGGACUCUUCCAGUAUCAGUAAUAUCCCUAACCACAGCAAAAAAGGUAUAAAAUAUCCCUGCUGAGUAUUCAAUUUCAGGAGGCUACUAAUUCAGGGAAGGUUCUUUUGAUUUCUUCUGUGAUACAGGCACAGAAUGAAAUCAAUGAGAUAAUGAACAGCAGACAUGAAUAAAUGUUUCUCUAUAAAUG